CUCCAUUAGCAUCCCGAGCUAGCGGAUCGCUUUGCGCACCGCGCUAUGAAAGUAGCGUGUUGACGUAAAGAUAAAGGCUACUUCAAAUAACUCCGCCUAAUCCCUGAGCUAACCAUUAUCCCUCCAUGGUGCCGGAUAAAGAGAGAUAACGUUAACAGCCACGCACUGUCGCCGUAAUUAGCUGUCGACCACGAUACAGUUUGGGCAAAAGCUGCGUUGCGCGUGGAAAGACUCAAUUUUGAGUCAUUAUUACGUUUGUGUUUGAAUACGUAGGGUAGCCUUGAGAAAGACUUGUCGGGAUGAGGUUACGGACUCGGAGUCAAUGUGCGAUGGAGCCUGAUGGGAAGAAGAUGGACCAAGCGCCUCCGUUCAGAAACCCUUUUGUACAUGUCUUGAAAUUCACCCGAAUGGAAAAGGCAAAGAUCGCAGUUAUGACAGUCACACUAUUCCCCAUCCGUCUACUCAUAGCUGCAUUUAUGAUGCUGCUUGCCUGGCCUUUUGCGUUUCUGGCCUCAGCAGGACGCUCUGAGACAGCUGUUGAACCCCAGUGCCUCUGGAGGAGACUGGUCGACAUCAUUUUGAAGAUCAUCAUGCGGGUUAUGUGGUUUGCGGGUGGCUUCCAUUGGAUGGCUGUUAAAGGGCAGAGGGCAUUGCCUGCAGAAGCGCCCAUUCUCACUCUGGCACCCCACUCUUCCUACUUUGAUGCCAUCCCAGUCACCAUGACAAUGGCCUCUAUUGUCAUGAAAGCUGAGAGCAAGGAUAUACCCUUGUGGGGAACUUUGAUAAAGUACAUCAGGCCGGUGUUCGUAUCACGAUCAGAUCAGGACUCAAGAAAGAAGACGGUGGAAGAGAUCAAACGCAGAGCCCACUCUGGAGGGGAAUGGCCACAGAUAAUGAUUUUUCCAGAGGGAACUUGCACCAAUAGAUCCUGUCUAAUCACCUUUAAGCCAGGGGCCUUCAUCCCAGCAGUACCAGUGCAACCGGUUGUGAUGAGAUACCCAAAUAAACUGGAUACAAUCACAUGGACAUGGCAAGGCCCAGGAGCGUUUAAGAUCUUGUGGCUGACACUAUGCCAGCUACACAAUGUCUUUGAAAUAGAGUUCCUACCCAUUUACACUCCCUCUGAGGAAGAGAAAAAGAACCCUGCUCUCUUUGCAAUCAAUGUGAGGCAUGUCAUGGCCAAAGCCCUUGGGGUCCCCAUCACAGAUUAUUCGUUUGAGGACUGCCAGCUCACCCUGGCAGAAGGCCAGUUGAGACUGCCAGUUGACACCUGCUUAUUGGAGUUUUCCAGACUCGUCAGGAGACUAGGGCUUAAACCCCAAAACACAGAAAAAGUGCUGCAGGAUUAUGGGAACAGAUCCAGGAAACUGGAAGGACAGAGGCUGUGCUUGGAUGACUUUGCUCAGUUCUUGGAUGUACCCGUUUCAGAUAUGUUACAAGAUACGUUUUCCCUUUUUGAUGAGCAUGAAGAUAACAGCGUGGAUAUCAGAGAAUAUGUGAUAGCUUUGUCUGUUGUAUGCAGACCAUCUAACAGUCUGGAAACGCUGAACUUGGCCUUCAAGAUGUUCGAGGCUGAGGAUGGCACUAUCACUGAGACAGACUUGGCAAUUAUUCUGAAGACUGCUUUGGGAGUGACUCAUCUCAAUGUAACCUGCUUGUUUGCCGCCAUUGACAGUGAAGGCACAGGAAAGAUCACAUUUGACAAUUUCAGGAGCUUUAUGGAAGAACAUGUGGACUUUGCAGAGGAAUACCUGUACCACGAAAAUACAGGACUUCUCAGUGGUUUCUGCCAACAUCAACAAACAAAGUCGUCUAGACUGUCUUUUCAUAGCGUGCAUGGCACUACCAAUACCAAAAUAACUAACGGCAUCUGUCCUGAUUUCAGCCCCAAUGAUCACGACAGCACAAACAAUGCAUUCCUUAAGAAACACAAUUGAAAGAGUUGUGAUUGUGGAACAACAAACAUCUCUCCUGGUGAGAGGCUGUUAUGUGCUGCAUGCUUGGUGUAGAUGGUUCCUUUUUUUUUUUCCAAACUGAAAAGGACUAUAUUUCAGUAAUUACAAAUGAGAUGUUCACCUUACCUUUUUGCUAGUAUUUUGUCCAGAUGUUUUUAUUUUAAGUAUCUUUAAAACAUUAUAGCAGUUUUACUUCCUGUAUGUUGAUUUUGUAUUUUUUUUUAAUUGUUAUUUUAUUUUUAUUUUUUGGGGGGGCCAUGGAGCGAGUGUUUUCAGAAGGCCGGCUUUGGUUUUAACGGUUACAAUGCAUACAAACUUAAAGAGACUUACUGAGGGUUGGGGCAAUUUCUCUUUCUCUCUAUCUCUCAUUCACACCUGCAUAUUUUUAUUAGGCUUCACAUGUUUAUAGUCAGUGGAAAUCAAUCCGUGACAAUGAAAGAAACGCUUUUGGGAAAGUAGUGCGUUUCAGAUGUGUGUGUACUGUAUAUAUAUUGUUCCCCCUUUUUUAAAUGCUACUGCCUUUUGGCUAGAGAGAGUGUCCAGAUGGCAUUUUGGGUAGUAUUAAAAAGUAUUUACGUAAAGGUCCACCCGAGGUUACCAGUGACAAUUGUUGCAUUUGAAGCCAUUUUUCUGCUUCAAGCCAAAUUUGAGGUGUUCUCUGGUCUUUUGAGUAGGUUACAUUUUUGCUAUGCGCUUGUUAAAUACAUAUAUUUAUACAAUAUUUUUGAUUUAGCUCAGGGUUCAGUAACACAAAUGACAAAUAUACUUGUAUGAUGUCAUCAUUUUUUACUUUGGUUUUUGCGCACGUCUUUAUUUUAUACGACAUCAGUACUGUUCUGCCUACUUUAAAUCAUUUGUCUUUUUAUUGUUAUUAUACAAAUUGGACCAAAAACGUGUUUGGUGAUUAUGUCACCUGUUAUGUCUUUGCUGUCCCUUUCACUCGGCGGUGUCAUGGCCUUAAAACUGGGAAAGGAGUUUGGGUGUGACGUUGAAAGCACAUUUCAUUUUGUCAGCGGAUUUUAUAACAAGACGUGUCAUUCCAAAUUCCUUUUCUGCCUUACAUUGCCAUACUUUUUGGUCACCGGUAUUCGAUUCAACACAUACAUAGCUUCAAUCACUUGGAAAGGAAAAACAAAUAUGCUAAAGGUUCUUAUUUUUGUAUAAAUGUUCAGUACAGUGACAUGCAACCCUGGAAGGCCACAACCAGCCUGAAAGCAUGAUGCAAGUACCGUAAUCAAAUUUUGAUCACUGCCCAAACAUGAAAACUAAUUUUGUACUUAUUUUGUCUUUUGAAAUAGAACAUAGAUAUCAGCACCAUUGUUGAGCAUGUUAAAAUUGGAGGGAUUGCUUUUCCAUUAGCAA